AUGGAGGAUGAAUUCUGUGAUAAUGAUAAUGAUAGAAGUGAUAAGGAAACGCGUAAAUCAUCAAAUAUGAAUGCACCAUCAUCAUCAUCGUUGAAGAGAAAAAUCGAUGAAUAUUCGACAAAUGAAAAUUUAAUAGAAUCGGAUUUUUUUCCAGAUUGGGCGAAUGAUAAAUUAGUGGAAAAUAUUGACGAAAUUUUGGACGUUUCUUUAACAAUCGAAAAUAUGGCAUUGGUACAUGAAAUUGCACUGAAUGAUGAAUUUAAGAUCGAUGAAAGACCUUUGAAUAUAUUGGAAAAACAAGUGAAAGAAUUUCUCCAUAAAGCGUUUUGGGAUAAUUUUCGUGAAAAUUUUAUGCGAGAAUCUUCUGAUCACUCGCACGAAUUAAAACUAUUACGGGAUAUCAAAAAAAUGCUUUUGGAUUUGCUUGAUAAUCGUCAUGUUCGACUUCGCUCGGAAGUUGAAUUUAUGCUUGAUGAGAAACUUCUCACUCAACAAAUAGAGAAUAACUGUCUUGAUAUAAAAGGUCUUUCAAUUCGAAUAUUAGAUCUGAUGGGUCGUCUAUGUGCUCCAGCGAGAGAUGAAGCAAUCGCUGAAAUCAGAGGGAGGACUGAUGUAAUUGAAGUAUUUCGAGGUAUUUGCGAACUUUUGGAAACAAUGAAACUCGAUAUGGCUAAUUUUUCUAUAAGGCAAUAUCGACCGCUUAUUCAACAAUAUGCUUUUGAAUAUGAAAGAAAACAAUUUCAGAAAUUGAUCGAACACAAUCCAAGUACUUUAUUAUUUUUGUUGAUAGUUUAUAAUAAGAUUAUGUAUAAUGUUCAAGGGUCUCAAAAUCAGCAACUAAAUUAUUUGAGGACUAGAGGAAAUGACAAUUAUUUCAUAAAUAUUCAGAUAGAUCAUCUGCACUUAAAAGCGCUGGCCGCUUCAUAUUUUCAAUUGAACAUAACUACAUGUUGUCUAUCGGUUUCUUAUAAUUUGGCUGGAAAAGAUAUUGUUACUUCAGUCGAAAUUUGA